AUGAGCGAGUGAGAGCGUCGUUGUUUGACGAAUUUCCAUAAAUGCUGCUCAGUUUCUUCGAGGAGAAAUGUGCUCCGAUGAAGCGUCCGGCAAAAGGACAAGUCAAGCUGCCAGAGGAGUUGAAGCCAAAGUUUGUGACGCCGCCAGAAGACGUGCCGCCGCCGCCGCCGCCGCCACCGAUUCUGGCUCCGGCUCCAGUUUCUCCCGAACCCAUUCCAGCCGCACCAACACCAGAAAGCCCUCCACCUCCUCCUCCUCUAGAAGUGGACAAUAUAGGAGCUGCGGAGCCGGCGCCGGCACCGGCGCCGCCGCCACUUCCACAUCCACCCGAUCAGGAGAUAAAGUCGGACAAUCAAGUGGAGACGGGUCCAGAGACCGCCGAGAAUCAGCAGGAGGUGAAGAGGAAGAAGAAAAAGGCGAAGAAGGCGAAGAAGAAAGACGAGGGCACAGCGGUCGCCGUGUUCGUCGACGAUGACGAGAAGAAGGAGACCGACAAUGCAGUCGGACAGUUUGUCGAGGACGACGAAGAAGAGGUAGCUCUAAUUUUGACUCUUCCAACAUUCCAAUGCGCCUUUAAAACGACCCUAGUCUGAUUUUACAGAGAAAGACGGCGAAGAAGGAGAAAAAGAAGGAAAAGGACAAGGAGAAGGACAAGAAGAAAGGAGUUGGAGCCAAUGUUGCGGGCAGUACGGUGAGCAUGUCUUGUCACAGUUUUGAAACGGAAAUUCGAAAUAGUUGUGCUCAAAAAGGUGCUCGUUUUUCAGCGUCAAAAGAAAGGAGCCGCGAUUCCGAAAAAGGAGCAAGCAAGUGUGCGAAGGAAAGAGCCGAAAAGUGGGGUAAGUCCCCUCAACUUUUCUACAUUUCGGCGACCAAAAGUGUAGAAAGGGGGGCGUGGCCUAAUCUGAGACGCGUUUUCUGAAAAUUGCCGCAAUUCCAGCACACUUUUCCGCUAUUUUUGUAUUUGAUAUCGACGAAAGAAGAGAGCACAUUAAAGAGAGAAAACAUUGAAAUUUUCGUGAAAACGCCGCCGCGUUUGAGACGUUUUUCGCAUAUUUCGCAAUUUCGGAAUUUUCAUACCGGCCGAUGUGGAUAAUUUUGAGACGAAGUGAGUGUCGGAAGUGAUUAAGCACGUUAAUACAAGUAUUUUAAGCGUUCAAACGGCAAAAAGUAUCGGCGAAUGACUGAAAUUCGCGCAUUUUCAGCACAAAACUUGAAAAUCGAUUCAAUCGAUUCAUUUCUGAAUGAAACUUGCUCGUUUUAAGUUCAAAAAGUGCGCGCGAUGAUUAGUUUAAAAAAGUUAUGCAAUUACAUCGUCAAAAUCGUACAAAAUUUGGGUAAUUUUUGAAGAAAAACAUGAAAAAUGAGGUUAAAUUUCGAAUUUCGCGCCAAAAUUAUGCACGCUAGGCCCCACGCCCAUUUCGACGUUUUUGGUCGCCAUGAAUUAUCCGAAUUCUUUCAGAGAAGGGCUCAAAAACCGAUAGUUCCCGCGCCAGCCGGCAAGAUUGUUUGGAAUGCUCCGCCGAAGCAAGUCGUUCCUCCGCCGCUCACGAUUCCACCGCCCGCCAAUGCAGUGGCCAAGGAUAGGGAAAAGGAGAGGAUCAAAGAGGCCGCCAAAGAUGCGAACGAGGGCUUCUUCAAAGCAAUGUAUGCGAAGACGAAGAACAAGAUUGUGGCCAUGUCGAAGAAUCCGAACGCGCCCGCUUCUUCGACGAGCGGCGACCUCGCGGAAGACACCCUCGUCGCCAGCGACACGGUUCUCAUGAAAAAUGACGUGGCGGCGGUCUAUGGGACCGCCGCCGAUUAUCCGAAAGGACUGCUGCCCGUCUCGAAAACCGACAAGAACCACCCGGAUCGUCUGUUUCCGGGCGCGCGACCGUUUUGGAUGCAGCGCGACGAGAAGCCACCGCAGGCGAAGGUGCUCAUGCUCAGCUCGGUGCAGGCGCUCAUCAAGGAGGGCAAGUUGAAGUUGCUCGAGCAGCAGCAGAAAGUGUAAGUCAACAUUUUUGCAUCGUGCAGUCAUUCAGUUGUCCAUCAAAGAUUUCGCUUUUUUCAGAACCGACUUCUCGCCGUACUGUGAAAACGUGAGCACGCUUCACGCGCGAGACGACAAGUACUUUUUCGACUACACUAGAGUACGUUUUUUGCAACCGACGACACUUUGCAACCGCGGUUUCUUUUUUUCAGGUUCUCACCAACACAACGUACAACACGUGCGGGCAGCGAGCCGCUCUUUUGGCCUAUCAGAAAGACGGCGGUGAAGGUGCGAAGGAGAAGGAUCAGGCGAAGACGAAGAAGGUGCGAUUUUUGGCGACGCCCACGACGUGCACCGUCUAUCCACGGAAGGAUCAACGCAAGAAGCAACUGUUUGCACGGUAUCAGUUUCAGUACGGAACGAAACUGAAGAACACCAAUCAGAAGAAGAAGAAGACGUCGAGCAACACGACGGAGAAGGAGUGA